AUGCUCGCGUGGUUCCAUCGCUGGGUAGGUCGCAUAUAUGUGCUCCAUUCUCUGCUGCACUGUUCGCUACUCGUCAGCGUCGCCAGAACGACGACCCUUGCAAAUCCACGGUACAUUGUUCCAAUAGCGGCAGGAUCUGCUCUCGUUCUCGUGAUACCAGUGACUUGCGCGGCGAUCCAACGGCGUCACAUACAGUUUGCAAUAAAAUGCCACUACCUUCUUGCAGUAACCGCGGUCUGCGCGCUUACAUACCACCUCGUGGAGCGACAGUCACUGUAUCGGUGGUACUUGUUCCUAUGGCUUGACAUCACACAACCCCUCAACCGACCGAUCCGCCCUGGCCAGUACGUGCAGCUCUGGAUUCCACGGGCCAGCUUCCGCGCUUAUUUUCAGCUUCCUCUUUUCUAUGUUGCAUUUUGGGAAGACGGACCGACUCAACGAACAGUCCGCAUGGUAGCUGAGCCUCAAGCUGGGUUUACGCGAAAGCUGUACCACGACGCACUGGAAUCACCGAGCAGGCAGCCGGUUAUCGUACUAGGACCCUACGGACACCCUCUCAAUUUCUAUCGGUUCGGUACAAUCCUCUUCGUGGUGGAGGACAUUGGAUUUUUUCGAGCACUGUCGUACAUUGAAAUGCUAGUGCAAGCCAGUAAUAAGCGAGAAGUAAUGGUACGAAAGCUGGAGGUUCUCUGGAAGCGCCGAGUUGGCACAGAUGAGUAUCCAAAGUGGGUGAACAAAUGGAUAGAACAGCUAUUCCAUCUCGAUCGGAAAGGAUUUUGUAUUUUGCAAUUCAGCAUCUAUUGCUCACGUACCCAAUCAGGCCCCGAAGAAAAUCUUUCCUACCAAAAGGUAGAAGAAGUUGCGCGGCUUAUCAAUAACCAAAGCGGAGCUGUGGCCGUGGCGGUGUGUGCGAGUCGCUCAAUACGUGAGGCUGUCACGAAGACUGUUCAACCCCGCGCGGGAAGAAAUCUCCAACUGAUGAUUUUCGAUCCCGAUACAUUUCAUGCACGGGGUGGAGACGAAGAUUUGCCCGACAACAUCCAGUCUACAAUUGGGGACCGCCAGGAUCCACCACCAACAAUUACGGGAGAGGAUAAGCAAAUUGACCAAGUACGACGGUUUCGCGCGGACAGAAACGGGCCACAAUCGUCAUUGUCCGAGGGAGUAAAUACGCAAACCGGAAGUGUUCAGAUGGGCAACCAUGCGAAGUAG